AUGAUAUCUCAUGCAGUGUUUGCAGGUGAUCCUGAUAUCAUCUCGGACUUUGUCCUGUCACCAAAUACCGCCAUAGUUGGUGCAAACUACUUCACCUACACCAGGUUGCAGUCUUUGUUCGAAGCUGACCCGCCUGAGGCUUUCACUGUCUCAAAGGUCAUGAAGGUUGAGUUUCCGGUCCUUGAUGGACAAAGUGUUUCCUACGCUGUACUACAAUUCCCUUCAGGUGCUGUCAAUCCUCCCCACACUCACCCUCGUGGUGCAGAAGUUCUAUUUCUGGUCAAGGGUUCUCUUCAGGUGGGUUUUGUGGACACUGCAAACAAGUUAUAUACUCAAACUCUUCAACCUGGGGACAUGUUUGUGUUCCCAACAGGUCUCAUUCACUAUCAGAUCUGUGGUCAUAAUCCAGCCAUUGUGAUCUCUGCUUUUAGAAGUGCAAAUGCUGGCACAGUGUCGAUUCCCGCAACUGUCUUCGCUACUGGAAUAGAUGAAAACAUCCUCUCUAAGUCUUUCAAGACUGAUAUCCCCACCAUUGAGAUGUUGAAGUUCAAUAUCGGCAAAAGCUUGAAGUGA